ACGUCAUCAACAUGGAAACCUCCACUACAACAAAGUUUUGAUCGAACGAAUUUAUCGUUUUAUACAUCGUUUCAUCAGUUAUUUAUAAUGAUAAUGCGUGCUGGCAUGCUGAUAUUAUAUUGUAUAUACCAUAUACGGCCCAUUGUAACGGUAAACUGAUCUGACUAGUUGUGGUAGUGCACGGCAGCGAUGUGGGGGUUCGGAGGCAAGGAUGGUGAGGCCGGAGAUGGAGAAAAGCAGUCUCAGAUGUACAGAGACAUGCAAGAGCAGGUGGAACAGCAGCAAGUGCUUGUGGAGCAGUUGAAGCAUCUACUCAGGCAGACAGAAGAAACUGUGACGCAAAAGGACAAGAUCAUUAAGGUUCAUGAAUCGGAACUAAAAGAAGAAAAAGCAAAGCAUUCUAAAUUCAAGCUGCAGAACAAGGCUAAGGUUGCCAAACUUGAGAAGGAACUUGGAGAAACAAAGAAAUCCAAAAUUUCUGGAGAUGCAGAUGAAAGAGAGGUGGCAGUUGCUGAAGAUGAUCAUAGUGUUGCAACUUCUACUCGAGCCGAGAAAGGAGAGCGAGGAAAAGCGUUGCUUCUUAAGAAAAAGGUUGAGGAGAAAAGUAAAGAACUGGCAGAGAGUGUUAAGCAACUGGAGCAGAGGGAUAACAGAAUUACUGAGCUAGAGCAGCAGUUGCAGUCACUAAACCACCAGCUGUCGGCUAGAGAACAAGAAAUUAUUAAAAUCAAAACCGUAGAUGAGGAAUCGCCCGUUAUCGAGCCGGUUGAAACCGAAUCGCCGCAGAUGAAGGAAAUGUAUGCGCAGAUGGUUUACAAAGAUCGCAUGAUAAUGGAGUUGAACGAGAAGAUUCUCGAGCGUGAUCGCACGGUCAUAGAUAUCCAGGAGGCGGUCAGAGAAAAUCAGGAGGUCAUCUAUGGUCGUGACAGGGCAGUACAGAUCAUGCAAGAGGAGGCAAAGAAACGGGACCAGACAAUCGUUGAUGAAGCCGAUACAAUCUCGCGUCUAAGGACAAGGCUGAGUGAACUUGAGGAAGAGGCUGCACUUGAGGGUAGCAAGAUACAGGAGAAAGAGAGGGAACAUGCAAUGCUGCAGGCACAGCUCGAUCAGGGAAUCAAUCAAGGCGAGAUGCUCAGGGACACAGAGAGAAAACUACAGGAGAGCGAAGCAGUCUUAGAUGGCAAGAAUAAAGUUAUUGAGAUGCUUCAAGCAGAAAUGACGGAGAAAGAGAAUACAGCGCGGUCUCUUCAAGAACAUUUGGACCUCAGUAAGGAGCAGAUGAGAGCAUUGCAAGAAACAUUUUCUGGCAUGGAAGAAGAAUGGAAGCAGAAGCUGGAACUUCUACAGAACGAGAUUGCAACAAAAGAGAAGGAAGCUGCCGUGGCAAAGGAUGAGGGCAGCAAACAUGACAGGAAGGUUUUAAAGCAGAAGGCACAGCAGGCUGCUAAAAUCAAACAACUACAGGAGGAGCUUGAACGGAAGAAAAAGGCUGCCGACAUGUCUACGGGUGAGGCCACCGAAGUCGCAAACAGAGUUGCUGAGUUGGAAGAAGAAAAAUCUAAUCUCCAAUUACAGCUGUCUAACUACGAACAAGCCCAGACGGACCUCCAGUCAUUAGCACAGCGAGAGGAAAUGAUGAGAACCGAGCUAGAGGAAGCGAAGAUAGAGCAGGAGAGGCUAAGCAAGGCAGAGGAAACCGUGAGACACCAGCUAGAAGAAGUAAUGGUGGAGAAGGAGAAGGUAACCCAGACAGAAGAAAUUAUGAGAAACGAGCUGGAAGCAGCAACGAUAGAGAAGGAGAGGCUUAUCGAGGCUCAAGAAGCUAUGCAAAACCAGCUAGAGAAAGCAACGAUAGAGCAGGAAAAAAUGACCCAGGCAGAGGAAAUCAUUAGAAACCAGCUCACAGAAGCAAGAGCGGAACACAAAAAACUGUCACAGGAAGGAGAGACAGUAAGAGCCGAGCUAGAAGAAAUCACGAGAAACUGUGAUACUCUCUACCAGAAAAACGCCUCCUUGGAGGCAACAGUGCAGGAACUUACCGGAGUGGGAGAAGACUCGCACACGAAAUUCCAACUCACAGAGGAUGCCUUGCGGCAGAAGGAAGAAGACCUGCAGAUGCAUCUAUCGAGCUUGCGUGAACAUGAGUGCGAGAUGGAGAGCUUAAAGAAAGCAUUAGAGCAUAAGGAACGCGAGUCGGAGAGUCACGAGAAACUGCUGGAGCAACAGCAGGCGCUGGUAACGAAAGCGACGGAGGAACUCGACUGCGAAAAGCAGAACGUGAGUGAAUUCGGGAGGAAGAUGAUAGAAGCUGCUAAGGAGGAAACGUUACUCCACGAAGAGAAUGCGUCACUGCGAAUAGUAGUAGAAGAGCUGAGAGGAGCAGGAAGCGAACUGGAAAGCCGGCAGCUGUCACUCAUGGAAGAGUUGGCAGCGAUGAAGAAGGAGGUGAUUGAAGCAACUGGACAGAGGGAUGAAUCGGAGAGCAAAGCCCGGCAGCUUGAGGACAACAUUGCAGAGCUGAAGAAUCUUCUAGAAGGUGAUAAGCAACAAACAAUUUCCCUGCAGGAGAAACGAGACCAGGCCCUGCAACAGCUGCAGCAACAUGUCACCUCACUGCAAGGAGAAAAUACUGAAAUCUGCAUGAAAGAACAGGCAGCGAUAGAGAAGUAUGAGACAGAGAAGAUUGCAAAGGAAGAAGUUCAGCAGGAACUGGAGAAGGUCAAGGAGAUAUAUGAAGCAGAGAAGGUGAAACUACAUCAGCUGUUGGAGAAGGUGAACGAAAAAUCUGAAAUGGAGAAAAUUGAGAAUGAACAACUUCAACAGGAUAUGAAGAGUUUGAUGGAAAAAUCUGAAACAGAAAAAGUGGUGUUCCAGGAGGAGUUGGAAAAGGAGAAGGAGAAAUUUGAAACAGAGAAAAUGGAGAAGGAAGAACUUCAACAUGAGGUGAAAACUUUAAUGGAGAAAUCUGAAACAGAGAAGGUGGAGCUACAGGAGCAGCUGGCAAAGGAGAAGAAGAAAUCUGAAACAGAGGAAAUGGAAAAGGAAGAACUUAAACAGGAGGUAAAGAGCUUGAUGGAGAACCAUGAGCAAGAGAAGGUGGUGUUACAAGGGCAGCUGGUAAAGGAUAAGGAGGAAUCUGAAACAGCGAAAAUGGAGAAGGAAGAACUUCAGCAUGAAUUAAAGAGCUUAAUAGAGAAAUCUGAAACAGAAAAGGAGGUGUUACAGAAGCAGUUGGCAAAGGCGAUGGAGAAGUCUGAAACAGAGAAAAUGGAGAAGGAAGAACUUCAACAGGAGAUGAAGAGCUUGAUGGGGAAAUCUGAAACAGACAGAGUGGAGUUCCAGGAGGAGUUGGCAAAGGAGAAAGAGAAAUCUGAAACUGAGAAAAUUGAGAAGGAACAACUUCAACAGGAGGUAAAGAGCUUAAUGGAAAACCAUGAGCAAGAGAGGGUUGUGUUACAUGAGAGGUUGGUAAAGGAGAGUGAGAAAUCUGAAACAGAGAAGGUAGAGUUACAGGAGCAGCUGGUAAAGGAGAAGGAGAAAUCUGAAACAGAGAAAAUGGAGAAGGAAGAACUUCAACAUGAGGUGAAGAGGUUGAUGGAGAAACAUGGGCAAGAGAGGGUGGAGCUACAGGAGCAGCUAAAUACGGUGACCGAGAAGUAUGAAACAGAGAAAAUGGAGAAGGAAGAACUUCAACAGGAGGUAAAGAGAUUGAUGGAGAAAUCUGAAACAGAGAUGGUAGAGCUAGAGGAGCAGCUGGUAAAAGAGAAGGAGAAAUCUGAAACAGAGAAAAUGGAGAAGGAACAACUUCAACAGGAGGUAAAGAGCUUGAUGGAAAACCAUGAGCAAGAGCGGGUUGUGUUACAUGAGCGGCUGGUAAAGGAGAAGGAGAAAUCUGAAACAGAGAAGGAGAAAUCUGAAACAGAGAAAAUGGAGAAGGAACAACUUCAACAGGAGGUAAAGAGCUUGAUGGAAAACCAUGAGCAAGAGAGGGUUGUGUUACAUGAGCGGCUGGUAAAGGAGAAGGAGAAAUCUGAAACAGAGAAAGUGGAGAAGGUGGAACUUCACCAGGAGCUGGAUAGAGAAAGACAGGCGUACCAAACGGAGAGAGAGCAGCUUCAACAGCAGACAUCUGACAUGCAUCAGAACACGUUGGCCCUUCAGGAGGAGAAGAAGGACUUGGAGAUCGAAUGCGGGCAGCUGAGAGAAAGCCUGGCCGCGAAAGACGGCAUCCUUGCUGACCUUCAGGAUAAACUCGUCGCGUUGAACGAAGCCAACUGCAACCAGGGCGCUAAGAUCGACAAGCUGAAGCAGAAGAAGAAGCAGCAAGCCGCGCUGCUGUCCGAUUUGCAGAGUAGAACCGGCAGCGACAGCGACGCAAUCGCUCGUCUGCAGCAGCAGCUGGAUGAACAGCGGGACCGCAACUCCGAGCUGAGCACGCGAGCGGCCGCCCUGACCGCAUCGCGAGACGCCAAAGCCGCCGAGGUCGAGACGCUGACCGCGUCGCGAGACGCCAAAGCCGCCGAGGUCGAGACGCUGACCGCGUCGCGAGACGCCAAAGCCGCCGAGGUCGAGAUGCUGAUCGAGUCGCGAGACGCCAAAGCCGCCGAGGUCGAGACGCUGACCGCGUCGCUCGAGGCCAAAGCCGCCGAGGUCGAGACAAUGACCGCCUCGCUCGAGGCCAAAGCCGCCGAGGUCGACACGCUGACCGCCUCGCGAGAUGCCAAAGCCGCCGAGGUCGAGAUGCUGACCGCCUCGCUUGCAGACACGAGGCGCUACCUGGCGGAACUGCAGCAGAAGGGCGAAGAACUGAGGUUGGAAGUGGAAGCGAGGCAAGGACAGUCGGAGGAGAGAGCCACCGUGCUGCAUGCAGAGCUCAGUGAGAGGUCGGUGGAAAUAGAGCAGCUGCAAACGUCCAGUGCCAGGUUAGUACAAACGAACGUUGACUUAGAAGCUAAAGUGCAAGACUUAGACGAAUUAACGGCCGCGAUGCAGGUUAACGUUGAUCAACUGAAACACGACUGCAGCUCCUUGCAUGAGUCAAAUCUUGAACUUGAUGAUGUGCUUGCUAAGCAGAGAGCCAAAACACAGCAAUUAGAGAAGGCAUUUGCAGAAUUGACAGAAACCAAACGAGGAUUAGAGGUGCUAAUUUCUGAGGCGAGGGAAGCCCAUCAGGUAUCAGAGAGUUUGCUUGGCGAGGAGAGAGAAAAUAAACUGGGAUUGGAGAAGCAGCUUGCAAAGGAAAGGGAACUCGUGGAGGGAUUGGAGAAGACUCUUGCUGAGGAAAAAGAAACCAAGCAAGCAUUAGAGAAUGCCUUGUCAGACGUGGAAGAAAAUAAACAGGCACUGGAGAAGGCACUAGAGCAGGAGCAGGAGGCCAAGCUAGAAUUAGAGAAAUUGCUUUCUGUGGAAAGUAAAUCCAAAGAAGAAUUAAUGAUUACCUUCGCAGAUAUCGAAGUAACUAACGAGAGAUUAGAGAAGGCAGUUGCUGAGGAGAAAGAAAGUAAGGUGGUAUUAGAGAAAGUAAUUUCUGAGGAAAGAGAGUUCAAGCAGGAAUUAGAGAGAGCCUAUUCUAAUGAAAAAGAAACUAAGCAGGGAUUGGAAUCAGAACUUUCUGUUAGGAGAGAAACCCAGCUGGAAUUAGAAAACGCUCUAAUAAAUGAGAAAGAAACCAAACAGGAAAUAGAGAGGAUUCUUCUAGAGGAAAGGAAUGUAAAGGAGGCACUGGAAAUAGAACUUUCUGUAGAGAAUGAAGGAAAGCAACAACUAGAGAUGGAAUUUGCUGAAGAGAAGAAAACCAGGAUGAGGGUUCAAUCAGAGCUUUCGAUAGAGAAAGAGGAAAAGCAGGGAUUAGAAAAGGAACUUACUGAAGCGACAGAAAAGAAACAGGAAUUAGAAAAGACUCUGAAUAACGAGAGAGAAGUCAACGAAAGAUUAGAAAAGGCAAUUGCUGAAGAGAAGGAAACCAAGCAAGAAUUAGAGAACACUUUGGUUGAGCUCGGCGAAGAGAAGCAGGCUUUAGAAACCCAGCUUCUGCUAGAAAAGGAAGCCAGGCAGAAGUCGGAACAGGAAUUAACUGAAGAGACUGAAGGCAAACAUCGACUAGAAAAGGCUCUCGCUCAAGAGAGAGAAACAAAAGAGGAACUAGCGAAUACCCUAUCGAAUGAGAAAGAAACCAAACAGGAAUUAGAAAGGACUCUUCUCGAGGAAAAUGAAGUAAAGCAGGCACUAGAAAUAGAACUGUCUGUAGAGAAAGAAGAAAAGCAGCAACUAGAGAAAGAAUUCGCAGAAGAAAAGGAAAUCAGGAAGACGGUGGAAUCAGAGCUUUCUAUUGCAAAUGAAUUGAAGCAGGGGUUAGAGAAGCAACUUGCUGAAGGGAUAGAAGCCAAACAGGGACUAGAGAAUGUUCUAUCUACUGCAAAUGAAACAAAGCAUGGAUUGGAGAUGAGCCUCGUUGAGGAAAGAGAAAACAAGAAGGCCUUAGAGUCUGAGCUACUGCUGGAAAAAGAAGCCAAUCAGUGUUUACAGAAUGUGGUUACUCAAGAGAAUGAAGUAAAGCAUGGAUUAGAAUAUGAGGUGUCUACGGAGAGAGAAGCAAAGCAGGAACUAGAGAGAGCUUUUGCUGAAGUAAAGAAAACCAGCCAGGAUUUGGAGAAUAUCCUAUCUAAUGUGAAUGAAACCAAGCAGGAAUUAGAGAUGACCCUGGUUGAGCAAAGAGAAUGCAAGACGGCUUUAGAAUCUGAGCUAUUGAUGGAGAAAGAAGCCAACCAAGAAUUAGAGAAGGCAUUAUCUAGUGAGAAAGAAAGCAAGCAGGAAUUAGACAAGGCGCUGAUUGAGGAGAAAGAUGUAAAGCAGGCAUUAGAAACUGAGCUUUCUGAAGAAAAAGAUGCCAAGGUGCAACUGGAGAAGGAACUUAAAGAAGAAAAAGAAAUCAGGAAGACAGUUGAAGCAGAGCUUUCUGCUGUAAAUGAAUUGAAACAGGGACUGGAGGAACAGCUUACUGAAGAGAAAGAAGCUAAACAGGGACUGGAGACUAUCAUAGUGGAGGAGAAAGAUGCAAAAAUAAAACUCGAGAAAAUACUAUGCCAGGAGGGAGACACCAAGCAUGGAUUAGUGACUAUGUUGGCAGAAGAGAGAGAAGCCAAGCAGGAAUUACAUAUAGCUCUUGCUAAUGAAACUGAAGCUAAACAUGUAUUAGAAUCAGAGGUUUCCACAGAGAAAGAAGCGAAGAAAGAGCUAGAGAGAGCUCUUUCUGAAGAGAAAGAAACCAAACAGCAAUUAGUGAGUGAUCUAUCAAAUGCAAAUGAAACCAAUCAGGAAUUGGAGAAGACCCUGUUUGAGGAGAAAGAAGUGAAGGAACUAUUUGAAUCUGAGCUUUCUAUGGAGAGAGAAGUUAAGCAGGAGCUAGAGAGAACUCUUGCUGAAGAGAAAGAAGCCAAACAGGAAUUGGAGAAUGUCCUGUCUGUUGCAAAUGAAGCCAAACAAGAAUUAGAAAUGACCUUGGUUAUGGAAAGAGAAAGCAAGAUAUCAUUGGAAUCUGAGUUAUUGUUGGCAAACGAAGCCAAAGAGGGGUUAGAGAAGGUACUUGGUGAAUUGAAUGAAGCCAGGCGGGGACUAGAACAGGCCUUAGUUAAUGAGAAGGAAAUCAAACAAGAAGUGGAGAAAGCCCUGAUUGAGGAGAAAGAUGUGAAAGAAGCAUUGGAAACUGAGCUUUCUGUGGAAAAGGAUGCCAAGGUGCAACUAGAGAAGGAACUUGGAGAAGAAAAGGAAAUCAGGAAGAGAGUGGAAGCAGAGCUUUUUGCUGAAAAUGAAUUGAAUCAGAGACUAGAGGAGCAGCUUACUGAAGAGGGAGAAGCCAAACAGGGACUAGAGAAGCAGCUUACUGAAGAGAAAGAAGCCAAACAGGGACUAGAGGAGCAGCUUACUGAAGAAAGUGAAGCCAAACAGGGAUUGGAGAAGGUGCUUACUGACGAGAGAGAAACUAAAAAGGAACUGGAGAAGCAGCUUACUGAAGAGAAGGAAGUCAAACAGGGACUUGAGAAGCAACUUACUGAAGAGAAAGAAGCCAAACAGCGAUUGGAGAAGCAGCUUAUUGAAGAGAAAGAAGCUAAACAGGGACUGGAGAAGCAGCUUACUGAAGAGAGAGAAGCUAAACAGGAACUGGAGAAGCAGCUUACUGAAGAGAAAGAAGCCAAACAGGGACUGGAGAAGCAGCUUAUUGAAGAGAAAGAAGCUAAACAGGGACUAGAGCAGCAGUUUACUGAAGAGAAAGAAGCUAAACAGGGUCUGGAACAGCAGCUUACUGAAGAAAAAGAAGCCAAACAGGAACUGGAGAAGCAACUUACUGAAGAGAAAGAAGCUAAACAAGGACUGGAGACGAUCAUAGUGGAGGAGAAAGAUGCAAAAAUAAAACUCGAGAAAAUACUAUGCCAGGAGGGAGAUGCCAAACAUGGAUUAGGGACGUUGUUGGCCGAAGAGAGAGAAGCCAAGCUGGAACUAGAGAGCGCUCUUGUUAAAGAGACUGAAUAUAAACGUGGAUUAGAACUAGAGCUUUCCACGGAGAGAGAAGCCAAGCAGGGUUUGGAGAGGGUUCUUGCUGAAGAGAAGGAUACGAAACAGCAAUUAGUGAGUGAUCUAUCAGAUACAAAUGCAACCCAGCAGGAAUUGGAGAAGAUGCUAGAUGAGGAACGAGAAAGCAAGAAGGCUUUAGCAUCUGAGCUGUUGAUGGAGAAAGAAGCCAAGCAUGAGUUAGCGAAGGUACUUGCCCAAGAAACCGAGGUGAAGCAUCGAUUAGAAUCUGAUAAUUCUAUGGAGAGAGAAGCCAAGCAGGAGCUACGGAGGGCUCUUGGUGAAGUAAAGGAAACGAAACAAGAAUUAGAGAACACCCUAGUUGAGGAAAGCGAAAGCAAGAAAUCGUUACAAUCUGAGUUAUUGUUGGCAACAGAAGCCAAAGAGGCGUUAGAGAAGAUACUUGCUGAAUUGAAUGAAGCCAGGCGGGGAAUAGAAAAUGCCUUAGUUGAUGAGAAGGAAAGCAAACAAGAGGUGGAGAAGACCUUGAGUGAGGAGAAAGAUGUGAAAGAGGCAUUGAAAAAUGAGCUUUCUGUAGAAAAAGAUUCCAAGGUGCAACUAGAGAAGGAACUUGGAGAAGAAAAGGAAGUCGGGAGGACAGUGGAGGCAGAGCGUUCUGCUAUAAAUGAAUUGAAACAGGGACUGGAGAAGCAGCUUGGAGAAGAGAAAGAAGCCAAACAUGGACUAGAGCAGCAGCUUGCUGAAGAGAAAGAAGCCAAACAGGAUCUGGGGAAGGAACUUACUGAGGAGAAAGAAGCUAAACAGGGACUAGAGAAACAGCUUACUGAAGAAAGCGAAGCCAAACAGGGACUGGAGAAGGAGCUUACUGAGGAGAAAGAAGCCAAACGGGGACUGGAGAUGAUCAUAGUGGAGGAGAAAGAUGCAAAAGUAGAACUAGAGAAAAUACUAAGCCAGGAGGGAGAUUCCAAACAUGGAUUAGUGACGAUGUUGGCAGAAGAGAGAGAAACCAAGCUGGAAUUACAGAUGGCUCUUGUUGAAGAGACUAAAGCUAAACAUGUAUUAGAAUCAGAGGUUUCCACAGAGAAAGAAGCCAAGAAAAAUCUAGAGAGAGAUCUUGCUGAAGAGAAAGAAAUCAAUCAGGGAUUGGAGAAUGUCCUAUCUAUUGCAAAUGAAACUAAGCAGAAAUUGGAGAUAACCCUGGCUGAGGAAAGAGAAAACAAGAAGGCUUUAGAGUCUGAGCUAUUGCUGGAGAAAGAAACCAAGCAAGAGUUAGCGAAGGUACUCGCCCAAGAAACUGAAGUGAAGCAUAGAUUAGAAUCCGAUAAUUCUAUGGAGAGAGAAGUCAAGAAGGAGCUAGAGAGGGUUCUUGCUGAAGCAAAGGAAACCCAAGAAGACUUAGAGAAGAUCUUGGUUGAGGAAGUGGAGAAGAUGCUAGAUGAGGAACGAGAAAGCAAGAAGGUUUUAGCAUCUGAACUGUUGAUGGAGAAAGAAGCCAAGCAGGAGUUAGAGAAGGUACUUGCCCAAGAAACCGAGGUGAAGCAUCGAUUAGAAUCUGAUAAUGCUAUGGAGAGAGAAGCUAAGCAGGAGCUAGAGAGGGCUCUUGGUGAAGCAAAGGAAACAAAACAAGAAUUAGAGAACACCCUAGUUGAGGAAAGCGAAAGCAAGAAAUCGUUACAAUCUGAGUCAUUGUUGGCAACAGAAGCCAAAGAGGCGUUAGAGAAGAUACUUGCUGAAUUGAAUGAAGCCAGGCGGGGACUAGAAAAUGCCUUAGUUGAUGAGAAGGAAAGCAAACAAGAGGUGGAGAAGACCUUGAGGGAGGAGAAAGAUGUGAAAGAGGCAUUGAAAAAUGAGCUUUCUGUAGAAAAAGAUUCCAAGGUGCAACUAGAGAAGGAACUUGGAGAAGAAAAGGAAAUCAGGAAGACAGUGGAGGCAGAGCGUUCUGCUAUAAAUGAAUUGAAACAGGGACUGGAGAAGCAGCUUGCAGAAGAGAAAGAAGCCAAACAGGAUCUGGGGAAGCAACUUACUGAGGAGAAAGAAGCUAAACAGGGACUAGAGAAACAGCUUACUGAAGAAAGAGAAGCCAAACAGGGACUGGAGAAGGAGCUUACUGACGAGAGAGAAACUAAAGAGGAACUGGAGACGAUCAUAGUGGAGGAGAAAGAUGCAAAAAUAAAACUAGAGAAAAUACUAAGCCAGGAGGGAGAUUCCAAACAUGAAUUAGUGACGAUGUUGGCAAAAGAGAGAGAAACCAAGCUGGAAUUACAGAUGGCUCUUGUUGAAGAGACUAAAGCUAAACAUGUAUUAGAAUCAGAGGUUUCUACAGAGAAAGAAGCCAAGCAAAACCUAGAGAGAGCUCUUGCUGAGGAGAAAGAAAUCAAUCAGGGAUUGGAGAAUGUUCUAUCUAUUGCAAAUGAAACUAAGCAUGAAAUAGAGAUGACCCUCGUCGAGGAAAGAGAAAACAAGAAAGCUUUAGAGUCUGAGCUGUUGCUGGAGAGAGAAGCCAAGCAGGAACUAGAGAGGGCUCUUGCUGAAGCAAAGGAAACCCAACAAGACUUAGAGAACACCCUAGUUGAGGAAAGCAAAAGCAAGAAAUCGUUACAAUCUGAGUUAUUGUUGGCAACAGAAGCCAAAGAGGGGUUAGAGAAGAUAUUUGGUGAAUUGAAUGAAGCCAGGCGGGGACUAGAAAACGCCUUAGUUGAUGAGAAAGAUAGAAAAGACGAGGUGGAGAAGGCCUUGAGUGAGGAGAAAGAUAUGAAAGAGGCAUUGCAAACUGGGCUUUCUAUAGAAAAAGAUGCCAAGCUGCAACUGGAGAUGGAACUUGGAGAAGAAAAGGAAAUCAGGAAGACAGUGGAAGCAGAGCUUUCUGCUGUAAAUGAACUCCCUCAUCCUGCUUAUCCAGUCCAUGUUUCAACUGACAAACAUGGAUUAAUGACGAUGUUGGCAGAAGAGAGAGAAGGCAAGAAGGAGCUAGAGAGAGCUCUUUCUGAAGUGGAAGAUACCAAACAGGAAUUAGUGAGUGAACUAUUAAAUGCAAAUGAUACCAAGCAGGAAUUGGAGAAGACCCUGUUUGAGGAGAAAGAAGUAAAGAAACUGUUUAAAUCUAAGCUUUCCACUGAGAGAGAAGCUAAGCAGGAGCUAGAGAGGGCUCUCGUUGAAGUAAAGAAAACAAAGGAAGAAUUAGAGAAUACCCUAUCUAUUGUAAAUGAAACAAAACAGAAAUUGGAGAUAACCCUGGCUGAGCAAAAAGAAUACAAGAUGGCUUUAGAGUCUGAGCUAUUGCUGGAGAAAGAAACCAAGCAUGAGUUAGAGAAGGUACUCACCCAAGAAACCAAGGUGAAGCAUAGAUUAGAAUCUGAUAAUUCUGUGGAGAGAGAAGCCAAGCAAGAGCUAGAGAGGGCUCUUGAUGAAGCAAAGGAAACCAAACAAGAAUUAGAGAAGAUCUUGGUUGAGGAAGGUGAAAGCAAGAAAUCAUUGGAAUCUGAGUUAUUGUUGGCAAAAGAAGCCAAAGAGGGGUUGGAGAAGAUACUUAGUGAAUUGAAUGAAACCAGGCAGGAAGUAGAAAAGGCCUUAGUUAAUGAGAAGGAAAGCAAACAAGAAGUGGAGAAGGCCCUGAUUGAGGAGAAAGAUGUGAAAGAGUCAUUGGAAACCGAGCUUUCUGUCGAAAAAGAUGUCAAGGUGCAACUAGGGAAGGAACUUGCAGAAGAAAAGGAAAUCAGGAAGAGAGUGGAGGUCGAGCUGUCUGCUGUAAAUGAAUUAAAACAGGGACUAGAGAAGCAGCUUACUGAAGAGAAGGAAGCCAAACAGGGACUGGAUAAGCAGCUUAUUGAAGAGAAAGAAGCCGAACAUGGACUAGAGCAGCAGCUUACUGAAGAGAGAGAAGCUAAGCAAGUACUGGAGAGGCAGCUUACUGAAGAGAAAGAAGCCAAAGUAGAACUAGAGAAAAUACUGAGCCAGGAGGGAGACACCAAGCAUGGAUUAGUGACGAUUUUAGCAGAAGAGAGAGAAGCCAAGCAGGUAUUAGAGAGAGCUCUGUUUGAAGAAAAGGAAACGAAACAGCAAUUAGUGAAUGAUCUAUCAAAUGCAAAUGAAACCAAGCAGGAAUUGGAGAAGACUCUCGUUGAGGAAAAAGAAGUGCAACUCGUCUUAGAAUCUGAGCUUUCUACAGAGAGAGAAGCCAAGCAGGAAUUAGAGAAUGUCCUGUCUGUUGCAAAUGAAGCCAAACGGGAAUUAGAAAUGACUUUGGUUAUGGAAAGAGAAAGAAAGAUAUCGUUGGAAUCUGAGUUAUUGUUGGCAAACGAAGCCAAAGAGGGGUUAGAGAAGGUACUUGGUGAAUUGAAUGAAGCCAGGCGGGGACUAGAACAGGCCUUGGUUAAUGUGAAGCAAAGCAAACAAGAAAUGGAGAAGGCCCUGAGUGAGGAGAACGAUGUGAAAGAAGCAUUGGAAACUGAGCUCUCCGUGAAAAGGGAGUCAUUGGAAACUCAACUUUCUGUGGAAAAAAAUGCCAAGGUACAAUUAGAGAACGAACUUGCAGAAGAAAAGGAAAUCAGGAAUACGGUGGAGGCAGGGCUUUCUGUUGCAAAUGAAGUACAACAGGAGCUAGAGAGAGCUCUUGCUGAAGAGAAGGAUGCGAAAGAGCAAUUAGUGAGUGAUCUAUCAAAUGCAAAUGAUAAAAACCAGGAAUUGGAGAAUACCUUGUUUGAGGAGAAGGAAGUAAGGCAAGUGUUGGAAUCUGAGCUUUCUACAGAGAGAGAAGCCAAUCAGGAACUAGAGAGAGCUCUUGCUGAAGAGAAGGAAACUAAACAAAAAUUAGAGAAUACUCUAGUUGAGGAAAGCGGAAACAAUAAAUCUUUGGAAUCUGAGUUAUUGUUGGCAACAGAAGCCAAAGAGGCGUUAGAAAAGAUACUUGGUGAAUUGAAUGAAGCCAGGAGGGGACUAGAACACGCAUUAGUGAAUGAAAAAGAAAGCAAACAAGACGUGGAGAAGGCCCUGAUUGAGGAGAAAGAUGUAAAGCAGGCAUUGGGAACAGAGCUUUCUGUAGAAAAAGAUGCGAAGGUGCAACUGGAGAAGGAACUUGAUGAGGAAAAGGAAAUUAGGAAGAUGGUGGAAUCAGAGCUUUUUCUUGCAAAAGAAGUUAAACAGGGGUUAGAGAAGCAACUUUCUGAGGAGAAACACGCCAAACAGGGACUGGAGAAUGCCUUAUCUAUUGCAAAUGAAAGCAAGCAGGAGUUUGAGAUGACCCUGAUUGAGGAAAGAGAAAGCAAGAAGGCAUUAGAAUCCCAGCUAUUGCUGGAGAAGGAAGCCAGGCAAGAACUAGAGAGCUCUCUUGCUGAAGCAAAGGAAACCAACCAGGAAUUAGAGAAGGUCAUAUCUAAUGCAAAUAAUACCAAACAGGAAUUGGAGGUGAUCCUAGUUCAGGAGAGAGAAAGCAAGAAGGAUUUACAGUCUAAGCUAUUGCUGGAAAAAGAAGCCAAACAGGAGACAGAGAGUGCUCUUGCUGAAGAGAAUGACGCCAGGCAAGUAUUAGUGAAUGAUCUAUCAAAUGCAAAUGAAACUAAGCAGGAAUUGGAGAAGGGUCUGUUUGAGGAAAAAGAAGUGAGGCAAGUCUUGGAAUCUGAGCUUUCUACAGAGAAAGAAGCCAAGCAGGAACUAGAGAGAGCUCUUGCUGAAGGGAAGGAAACGCAAGAGCAAUUGGUGAGUGAGCUAUCAAAUGCAAUAGGAACCAAGCAGGAAUUGGAGAACACCCUGUUUGAGCAAAAGGAAGCGAAGAAAGUAUUUGAAUCUGAGCUUUCUACGGAAAGAGAGGCCAAACAAGAACUAGAGAGGGUGUUAUCUCAUGAGAAAGAAAGCAAAAAGGAAUUAGAGAAGGCCUUGAUUGAGCAGAAAGAUGCAAAGCAGGCAUUGGAAACUGAGCUCUCUGUAGAGAAAGAUGUCAAGCUGUUGAUGGAAAAAGAACUUGCAGAAGAGAAGGAACUUAAAACGGCAUUAGAAUCAGAGCUUUCUAUUACAAAUGAAUUGAAGCUGGCAUUAGAGAAGCAACUUGCUGAAGAGAGAAAUGCCAACCAGGAAUUACGGAAUACUCAUAGCAUGAUAGAAGAAAGAUUACAGGCAAAAAGCAACACAGAUAUAUCUAAGGAGGUAACAGAUUACGUCAAACAAGACACUUCUGAAUUGAAACUAGAUAAACAGAUUGUCACUGAGACAGUCAUCGCGGAAGCAAAACUGAAUCUUCAGAACCCCACACAAGUUACUUCAGACAUACUGCAAAAAUCAAUAGCAAAUGAAGAAAGACUCAGCACCGACUCAACAAAGGCCACGAAAGUACCUGUUUGUAAGAUUGAAGACAAUAUGCAUCUCAAGGAGAGAUUGGCAAUAGAGAUGAUGGCAAAACAGCAUCUGGAAGAUAUGCUGGCCAGUCAACAGCAGGCGUUGGGCGAUCUGAAACAGAGGAUUGACUCGGAGGUUACCAAAACGCAGCAACUGCAAGUGGAAAUGGCAGAAGAGACCGCAUCGAAGAAUCGGCUGUCCGAGUGGGUUGCUGAACUAGAAGCAACAAGGUCAGCUCUAGAGGAGGAGCUUGAUAAGGAGAGAAGCGUAAUCAACGAUCUUCGGGAGGUGAACAGACACCUGAACGAGACGUUGGUCAACGAACAGAAGCAGAACAAUGAGGCGGUAAAGAUCCGUAAAGAGUUGCAGCAAGAGCUCGAUUCAUCCAUGACGCAAAUAGAAGCGAUGGAGUCGGAAAGCAGCGAGCACGUCAAGAAGUUGAAUGAAGAAAUAGGAAAUCUCAGAGGGCAAAUCUGGGAACAGGAGCAAGAUAUAAGCAGCAGUAAGAAUGCUAGCAUUAAGCUUACUGGACAGAGGGAAGUUUCCCUAGCUCAGAUAUCUAACCUGCAGGCAGCAAUGCGAGAGUUGGAGGAAAAGAAUAAAGACUUAGAGACGCAGCUGGAAAACAAAACAAUGGUAGCCAGCGACUUCAAAGAAAAGAUGCUAGAACUAAACGGAAAAUACAGCAAGGCUAAGACUGAUGUUCAGUCCAUGAUUGAUGCUGUUGCUGAUAUGGAGAGGAAAAAUGAAUCCCUUGAUGGUCAGCUAAGUGAGGCAGUGACGCUAAAUAGUGAAUUAAAAGAACGAUUGGACGAAUUGAGUGAGAAAUACCACCGAUCUAAGUCUACAAUCAAAGAGCAUCAGGCAGAAAUUGACUCGUUGCAAGUGUCCUUGCUGGAUGUCAAGAACACGAACAUUGGUCUUCACAGUGAACUUAACGAAGCACAAUCGAAGAUCGAGGAGCUUAAUAUUGACAUUGAAGGAUACACCACUAGACUUGCGAUGAGUAAGAGUGAACUUGAUCAAGCCAACCAUUUGCUCGAGUCGCUCUCUGACCAGUUGCAUAAAUCUACAAAGGCGGAUAGUGAUCUUCUUGUAUUUAGACAGGAGGCCGAGCACAUCAAAAUAGAACUGGAGGCUUCACAGAAGCAAUGCAAGCAGCUUCUCUCUCAACUAUCAGCAAACGAGGGCGUCAUUGCCGUUGCUAAUGAUAAGGUUGUCGUUCUGAGGUCGUGUCUAGAAGAGCAAGAGAAACUGUUCGUUGAAGUCAAGGAUGAUUUCACUGCGUGGAAGCAGCAGGUAGAAACUGAAACCACUGCUAUUAAGCAGGCUCUCGCGAGCAAGGAAGCAGAGCUGAAACAUUCAGAAGCUAAACUAGCGGGAGCUGACACAGCGAGUGAUACGCACUUGGAAGACGGCGGGGAGAUGUGUUCUAGGAAAGAGUGCCAAGAACAAUUACACCUACUCCGCACACAGCACACUGAUGUACACAAUGAGCUCUUGUUGCUUAAGAAUACUUUGACUGAGAGGGAGCUGUUGUGUGGUUCCAUUAAUGCUGAGCUUCUCGCAACUCGUCAAGAAUUAGAAUGCAUGAGAGAAGUGAAGGGUGAGCUAGCUAUCCGUGUAAGCACCUCCAACAAUGAGCCGGAAAGAACUGGUGACGUGAGUUCAGCCACACACGAACGUAAUGCAACAACAACGACGAAGGGUGGUAUGCCAGAGAAAGACAUCGAAAAACCGUCUUCCGAGAUUCGCAAAGAAAAUGAAAGACGUGAACGUAAGGAAUCGGAUAAAAUGGAACAAUGUGCCCUUGGCGUGACUCCGGAGGUUGAGCUGCUGCAUGAAUCUGAGAGCAGGCAAGAACAAUCUACAGCAGAAGACAAGGGACUUGACAGACAGCUUGAGGCUACACGACACAACUUACAGAUGUCGACCAUCAAAAACAAGAAAAUGCUCGUCAAGCUGAAAAUGUUCAAGGAAAGGAAUGACAAAUACGCCGAUGAGAUUAAGGAACUUCAGCAGGAGAAUAUAAACAUGCGGCAGUGCGUGAACGAUUCCGACACCAAGCUACAGCAGCUGCAACACCUUAUGAACCUGCUAGAGACAGAGAAAAGCAAUGCGUUAAUCAAUCUCCAAGCAGAGUUACAAGAGAAGAUAACCACAGCAGAGCUCGAGAAAGACCGGUUGAAACAGCGGACAAAAGCGAUCGAGAACGAUAACAUGAUGCAUCAACGCAGGUUGGAAGUUGAAAUCGAUAAAAUCCAAGGUGACAGUAUCGUAUUGCGGCAUUAUGUCCAGGAAAUAUCGCAACGAGCGGAGAAAGAAGGUUUGAUUCUUCAGUUAACUUCUGUAUCUAGUCCUGUGCUGUGUGCUGAUGAAGGCAAGGUAGAGGAACCAUUCUCGCAGCAAUGGUCUACAAUAACUAGUAACAUAGCUUAUGUCAAAGCAGGGCUAGAACUGAAUAUGUCAAUAUUUACCGAAGCUGCUGCCCUCAGAAAAGAUAAAGAAAAAUUGGAAAGUCAUUGUAAAAGCUUAAGAAGCCAGAUUGUAGAUUUGAAAACUAUCACAAAUCAAAUGGAAACAUUAGAAACUGACCAGUACACGAGUAAACGCCUGGAAGAACGAUUGGGGGAACUUAGACAACAGUCAUCUAUGCUGGAAUGUGAUAACACGGAGUUUCAAACUCUAUUAGAAAAGUCCACAGUAGAGAAGUACAAGCUGGAACACCAGAUAAAGGUACUAUGGAAAGAAAACCAGCGGGUAAAACUAACAGAUGAUGUAAAGGAAAACAUACAUCCUACUGAAUCUAAAGACCAUCUUCCACUAGUAUCCGCUUACACUGACGACGGUCAAACGGAAACGAAAGAUAUAUUGAUACAAACUGAUGAAUAUGUUGGCAAUGAUCCUGAACUGCAAGAAAAAUAUGACGAACUAUUGUUAUCGUACAAAGAUAUCCGAGAAGAAAGCAACACGUCAAACGCGAAAAACUGGGAAAUUGAAGGCGAGAAUUCUGAACUGUGUGACGAAAUCGUUGAGCUUCAGGAAAAGAUUGCGGCGCUCACGGAGAAAUUGCAGUGCAAAAUCACAAGUGAAGCUUCCACAGAAUCAUUGAUACAGCAGAGUGAACCUGAUAAGGUGCUGCUGGUUAAUGAAAGUGAAGAAUCAAUGACAUCGGUGCAAACAACGUCUGAUGUGAUGGAAUCGACAUUCAAGAGAGAAGACGUCUCUGGACCCAUGCAUCUUGUAGAGACAGAACGACAGUCUUCGGCCCCUCUGAGUGAGUUUACGUUGGAGAAUGUUGCAGCAAACGCUGAUGUUAGUGUUCCGGUAAACGCAUUAGAUGUCAACAGAGUUGACUUCGGCAUACAAGUAGAGUCAUCGCUUGUCACCCAAUCUGAGCUUGGUACCCAGGUCGAUUUCCUAAAGUCCAUCACAGCUGACACGAGCACGCAAGUAGAUCCGGUAAACGUCAGCAAAAUCGACUUCGGCGCGCAAACAGACUUGGAAACAAACGCCGGACAGCUUACCGCACACAAACAACUUGUCCAGCAAGCCCAGGAGUCGCUGCCACAUCACGCGAGGUCCGUAACAACUGAGACUGCUUCCACGGAGAACCUUAUUAGCAAUGCCAACCUUCCUGUCGCCUCACACACGGAGACAGGAUCACCAGGGACUUCCCCGCAGAGAAGUCCGGAGAGGAGCCGCAGCAUUGUCGGGGAGAGUUCCUCCUCCGCGCACGACCCGAUAGAGUCCGUGGCGCGCAUGGAGCGAAUGUCCGAGAAGAUCCUUCGUCUGCAGCACGAGCGUGCGGCCGCGAUUGACCGCGAACACGAGCUCGUCAUGCAGAGACACCUGGCGGAGGACCGGGCAGCGGCGCUGCAGGCACAGCUCGACCGCGAGAAUCUCGCUCGGCAGCGCCAUCUACCAGCGGGAAACCGAACGACGCCCGACGAGCUAUGGACCACUCGCGACGCGGCGCCGGGCGACGAGACGAGACGCCGGCGCCACCUGUCUGCCUCCUCAGCGUCGAGCGUCGGCUCGACAGGGGGCGCUGGCGGGGAGAGGUCCUCCGGCAGGGACGUGAGGUUCCCGGCGUUUGACAGCUCACCCGUCCAUCGACGGCCCGGCGACCAAUGCCCGUCCCCGCCGGACCCUUUUCCGUCGUCGUCCGAAACGGAUGAGGCGAAGCUGAGGCGGCGGCGAGAGGAGACGCGGGUCGGCGACGAGACGAGGGCGAGACGGCACGCGUGGGAAGCGAGCUUCGACCAGGUUCGUCCGCUCGCGUCGUGUGAUGUGCGAGAGCAUGCUCCCUUGUUUGACGAACUACAGACGUCUAUACACGGCUUGCAUCAGCUUAAUCUCAGGUGCGAGAAUCUGACGGUGCAGCUGAACAGACUCUACGAGGAGAGGGCGGUGCUGACCAGCCAGCUGUCCAGCAUCACCCAUACCCUGCGCGACAGGGAGGCAGUCAUCAAGCAGCUACACGAAGACCGCACUGCACUUGCACAGCAGCUGAGUUUGAGCACGCAGGGUCACGAGCAGACGACGGCUCUGCUGCGGCGGCGCGAAAGUGAGGGCGCCGGCGUCGCGGAGCGGCUGGCGAGCGUCAACAGCCAGCUUCGCGAGCGAGAUGCUCAGCUUCGCGAGAGAGAUGCUCAGCUUCAGCAGCUUCAGGCUUCCCUACAGGAGCAGCAGAGCGCAAACGCAAAGACGUCACAAGGUCUACAGUCUUCCACGCAGCAUGCAGACGCAGAGCGAAAAAAACUAGCGCUGCAAGUACAGCACGUCAGUGCGCAGUUGAAGGAGGUGGAGCAGGAGAAGGCGACCGCACAGCGCCACCUGGCGGUGGCGAACGAGGCUCUCCAGUUGCGCGACAAGCAGCUGCAGCAGUAUUACCAGGCGCUGCAGCAGCGCGACGUUGCCAUAGCAACGCUGCAGACGCACUAUCGUUCACUGCUGGAGGAGAAAACGAAGCUCGAAGAAACUCGUCCUGGUUUGGAACAGAUUGAGCAGAAGCCUGCUAUAGCAGAGUCUAACCUUGUGCAGGGAGUGCCUAAAAACAUCCAUGCCGAACUACAAUGCAGGUUGGACACUUCGGAGCAGCAACUUGGUGAGAAAAACGCGAGCGUCGACAGCCUUGAACGGACCUUGGCACAGGAUCGGCAGUCGUUGGUGUCUGAGAAAGAGCGGCGUGUGCAGUUAGAAGAGGAAGCCCAGUACCUCAGAGAGCAAGUCAAGUACCUGCAGAGCACGUACGCGCGUAGCGACGAGGUGAAGGUUUCCCUGAUGGAAGAUGAGGAAAGGAUAGUUGCUUAUGGUACACUCACGAGAGAUGCCACCAGCACGUGUCACCGGCUCUACAGAAUGGUACAAACUAGAUUACGCUAUGCGUCGCGGCGAGUGAGAGCGCGGCCGGCGCUGAGAGGACUCUUCCUGCUCUACUUCCUGUCGCUGCACGUGCUCAUUAUCUACUGCUUCGCCUCGUAACUUCUUCAUUUUGCCACCAGGGGGAGCUGCCGUACUGCGUAAUGAGAUUUGGUAUUAAUCGGCUUAGCCACUGGCACUUGGAGCGUUUCAAUAAAAUAUAAUGCUAAAUAAAUAUACGAAAUCUAUUUACUACCAAAGUCUUAAUG